GGUUGGACUAUUUGGCGCGAUUCCGUAAAGAAACAAAAACUCGUUUUCGUCGUGAAAUGAGCAAGGGUGACAGGAAUGUUUGGAAUCGUGAAAUUCAGCGAUUAUGAUGAUCAGGUCGCAGUUGUUCCAAGGUCCUGGUAUAAGGAUGGCUAUGUCGCUUGGCCACCAGAGAAGAACCCGAGAAAGUUGCAACAAAUGGUGCAAAACGUGCACCAACCACCAGACUCCUGGGAGCGGCUAAAGUGCACUGCCAUGGAUUGGUUUGAGUCUUACGAGAAGGCUAGACGAAAACUUCCGCGAGCCGAAGAGACCUCUGAUUUGCAAAGUGACGUAGAAAGACGCCGAAAAAAGCCGAUGCGAUGGGAGACAGAUGAAACUGAUGAGGAUGAUGUACUGGUUGGCUUCUGUGCCUCAACUUCCAAGGCACACGGAUACUUGCAACCACGAAAGGAACCACUACCACCUGCGGUAGAGUCUGAUGAUGAGUGGGACGCAGUGGGAGCAAGCUCUUUUGAACCACCACCAACCCCUCCUGUGGUCAUCAAUGAGCCCCCUCAAGUGCAACAAGAUCAUUCAUCUCAGAAGACACACAAGGAAAACUUUAGAGUUGGUGUGAAAGGUCACAAUGUCAAAAGGCGACACCCAUACGGAGAAAAGCACCAAAGUUACCAUGCUGCAGACAACCAAGGAAUGCAGAAAGAACUGUUCCGUUUGUUGCACAUGGUAAAAGCUAAACAAGAGGAGCAGUCUCAACAACUGGACUUCAUUGUGGCAAAGUUAAGCCAGAAUGCUCAGUAUGUCGAAGACUCCAGUGAUGACAUCAUCUUGGACACAUUCAACACGGUUGAGGAUUUUCUGAGUUUCGACAAUUCGUUGGAGAACGAAGAAAUGAAGAAAAAGCUGAAGAUGCAUUGGAAAGGCUGUGACGGAAAAAGCAUCUAUGACGCCUUGCAAAGGGUCCUUCAUAAGCUAAUGUCAGAUGAGGUGGCGGUUGAAUUUAGCUUUCAAAGAGGCAAAGGGAAGAGGAAGUUUUGUUACCUUCGGAGCUGGACAGUUCUGCUUGAAUGUCUGCUCGCCAAUAAGGGCCUUGGGGCAACUGAAUACAAGGUGGAGAAGGCGCUGAAGUCAUGGCUGGCCCAUGCGAAGGAACGGAUGGAGAAACGGCAGCCAGAAAAGUAGGAGAGGGGCUGCUAAUUCGACGGCAAGGUUCUGGUCAUUUUUAAAUACUGGGCGUCUCAAAAGAAAGCUUAACUCUAAAAUGGCCUGUAAAAAUCAGCGAUUUGAUGUAUCGAGAGAAAUUUUCUGAAAUAUGUUGUUUACUGGUCAAAUUAUUUAAUUGUAUUUGAAGUUUUAAGUCUGACUUCAAGGAACUUAAAAUUAAAAACAUUACUUUUUCAAGAACUUGAUGACUUGUUGGUAACAGUUCCAACAACGGCAUUGGUUGCUUGCCUUUUGCAGGGAAGGCAUCACCAGUCCGACAAGCGCCACGCACGUGUUUCUAAAGGCUCGUUUACACACUUGAGACGAGACUGGCUUUUAAGCUUUUUGCGACGUCUUAGGACCGGGUGCGCUGCUGCGGAGCUAAUCCUAAGACGUCGCAAGAAGCUUAAAAACCAGUCUUGUCUCUCCGUCCUACUCGUUUGCAAGACGUGAACGGCGCUUAACUUUGUGUUCCUGCGGGAGAUACCUGUCAGAAUUAAGUUCUUGGUGUGCCUGUCUAACCUAAUUGAAAACUCGUGCUAAGAACUUAAUUCUGACAAAUAUCUCCCUCUGAAACAUGAAGUGAGAACAAUGCAUUAAGUACUUAAUGGACUGGUAGCGCCAUUUCUGUAAAAAGUAAGCAAACAUGGCCAUUUUUUUUAGCUGUUCACGAGAGCUACCGCCAAGUCCUUGAAAAUGUCAUUUUUAGUUGAAACUUGUAAAUUUUAAUGGAAAUAUCUAACCAGUAAACAACAAAUUUUCUAUGUGAUACAUAAAAUCACUUUUUUGCAGGCCAUUUCAGAGUACAACUUUGCUUUUAAAAUGCCUGGUAUAUUGUGAUAUUUUUAUUUUUGGAAUGUUAAGCAAACAUUUAUUUUAAUAAUAUAUAUUAGGGCAAUCUUUUUCUGAUAAUAAAGUAUUCAAUGCUUUUGAGGCUAA